AUGUCUAUCAAGACCAUAAAGGACGUCUCCGAAGCUAGAGUGGACAUUGUCUUUGUCCAUGGUUUGGAGACAGACCGGAAAUCCUGGAGGACCGAAGAUGAUGUCUUCUGGCCAGCAACGGUCCUUCCUAAGCUGGUUAAUAACGCCCGCAUCCUGGCAUUCGAGUCUGACGAUAUAACCGUGGAUACCAUCUGGAACACGGAGGAUUUGAUGACUGACGUCUCCGAUGAACUGUGUGAUGAGCUUGUAGGAGUGCGCAACGGCGAUGUGGUCCGUCAUCCAUCUUCUACACGUCAGACUCCAUUUACUCCUGUGGUGCUAACUUUAUUCCAGGCUAAGCGACCCAUCAUAUUUAUUGCCCACUGUCUUGGUGGCCUGAUUUGCGAACAUGCUCUCGUUCGAGCAGCCAACGAUGAUGACAAAAAGCAAGUUGCGGAUUGCACCUUGGGACUCAUGCUUCUCGGAACCCCAUACUAUUCGCCGGCGAACAUUAGCGAAGCAACCAAAUAUUUUCGCCUGGCACAGCAGGAUAUUCCUAGCCCUGAGGAUCUGCAGGCCAUGUCGCAGUACGUUCUGGAAUAUGGGCAAGAAUUUGACCAAUUCCGACAGACCGCUCCGCUGAAAUUGAAGAUAUUCUUCGAGGGAGCGCCUACGAAGGUCAACGGCGAAGAAUUCAAGGUAGUCGAGUCGGCCGUGGUUGCGUUGCCCGAUACCCAGAAGCAACUUGUUCGCAUCGGGUAUAGCCAUCACGGCAUGAGUUGCUUCAAGGAUGAGAAUGACAAGGAAUUUAAGAAGAUCUUCAAUCCGCUGAAGUCCUGGUUGGGUAGUCUUCCGAGUCCGGAAGAGAAGGGCACUGUUAACAAUAUCUCGAAUGCCUCGUUCGCGGGGUCUAACAACUCUGGCUUGCAGCUUGGGCAGAAUGCGGGGGCGCUCAAUGGGUUUUCCUUUGGUCGCUAG